AUGCCACGUCGUUCAGGAGGUGGUAUGAGAACCGCUCCAGCGCGAGCACCGGCUAGAUCUCCAACACAAGUCGCUCAUGCCCCACCGACAGCUCCGGCUCCAGUUACUGCAGCAUCAAUGCCGGGACGUCAACCAGGAAUGUUUGCACAGAUGGCCUCAAUGGCUGGUGGUGUCGCAGUUGGCUCAGCAGUGGGUCAUACAUUAGGCGCCGCUAUUACAGGAGGACUUGGAGGUGGUCGUGAACAACAAGCAGUUGAAAGUAGUCCAUCAUCGCAACCACUUUAUCCACAGCAACAACCGAUGCAGCAAAAUCCAUUUGAAAAUCGUUCGAACUGCGAAUUGCAGCAAAAAGAAUUUAUGAAAUGCCUCGAACGAUCAAACGGAGAUUCAACGCAGUGUCAAGGAUUUUGGGAAGCAAUGAAAGAAUGUCAAAAAUGGGCUCCGAGUUCAGUUACAAUGUAA